AUGUCUUCAAAUUCAAUCCUUGAUAGUUACCAAUGCAAUCAAUGCAAAGAGCGCCACACCAAUUUAAAAAAAGCCAAGAGUUGUAGAGCUCAAUGCUUUAAGAACCGUCAUAGAAGACAUAAUGAUAUCCAGACUUCACAGACCACGCUUGUUCCUGGACAAGUCAGUGUUGUUUUGAACACUGUCUCAAAUGACACUAUCGACAGAGAACGUGCUGAUGCAAUCAAAGAUCAGAUCAUGGAUACACUCAACAGCGAAGAUAACGAUGAUCCAAUUAUGAAUAUCUUUAGUAAUGAUGAUAAUGAUGAGUCUAUGUAUGAUGCGGAACUUGGCAACGACAUGGAUAUCAUUGAAAACGAAACAUCUCCUUUGGUUUUUGACUUCAGUCAGCCUACACCUACCCCUGACAAAGACGACGCAAAGAACCUUGAGUUUCUCAAGAUCAUUAAGGAUUUUGGUAUCUCCCGCAAUGCCCAUGAAAUGAUAGUCAAGCAUUUCAACAGCAUUUUGGAAACGUCGACUUGUAUUACAUACAGAGCAUGUACUCCUCAUCUCAGCAAAAAGCUUUUGAAGCGUUUCUCUGGUGUUGAAGAGACAGUCCAUGAUAUCUGUCAGAGGGGAUGUAUGCUCUUUACCAGUCUAUCCCAGACUGAGUGCUCCAACUGUGGACAAAGCCGGUACAAAACAAGACGUGGAGAAACCGAGGGUGGUGAUCUGGUUGCUACUGCCACAAUGAUACAGCUUCCAUUGGCGAGACAACUUGCUCUUGCGUUAGCCAACGAGGAUACAAGAGCAGAUAUGCAUUACCGCCAUAAUCAUGAGUCAAGCUCGGAUGGAAGUAAAACCGAUGUGUUUGAUGGCCAGGUUUACCAGCAAGCAAAACAUCUGUUUUCCGGAAAAGAUGACAUUGCAAUUUCGUUGUCUGUUGAUGGAUUCACGCCACACAAUGUUCCUGGUUCUGUAACGAUCCUCCAUGCCACCAUUCUUAACCUGAAUCCCAUGGUCCGGUAUGAGAGAAGCAGAAUACUCCAGAUCGCAAUGAUCCCAGGUCCAGGUGCACCUGCCAAUUUCUGGUCGUUCAUGGAACCAACGAUGAAAGAGCUCCUGGUGUUGGAGAGCGAAGGGAUGGUCGUCAAGACACCAAACGAGACCAUUCGUGCCAAGGUAUUCUCUGGACCAUUGUUUUUUGCCCUCGAUGAGAUGCAUGGACUUUGCCAUGGAAUAAGCAAGCAGGUCUGGGGUUUGGUUUCUGGUACCUACGGAACAGACCAUUGUUUUGCUCUUUCUUCUGGUGUUCGGAAGGAGAUCGGUACAGCAAUGUACAAAACAAGAAAUACCAUCCCUACAUCCUUCCAUGGCGAUUGGAGGGAUGUAUACAAGAACCCCGGGUCGUUCAAGGCCGUCGAUUGGGCAGACUUUCUUCUGUUCGUCGUCCCUACGCUGGUGGCAGAGCGUAUUGGAGAUGCAACUGCCCGGAACGCGUUACUUGGCUUGGUUCAAGCAUGUAACCUACUCAUGAGCUGGGAGUUAUCAGCAGAGGAACAAACCUCUAUCAAAAGUAAACUUGAAAUAUGGAACAUGUACCUGGAAUCGCUGCUUACAAGUGGAAAAAUCAAAAUCAAUAUUUUCACUAUAAACCAGCAUCUUCUUCAGCACUAUCCUCUCAUGAUUGACGCAUACGGCCCACCUCGUGCAUAUAGCGCCAGAUCCGUGGAACGGGCAAUCGGUGAAUACUCAAGGGCUAUCAAGAGUAAUUCUGCUAUAAAUGUUAACGCUGGCAAUAUCAUGCUUGGCUUAGCACAAAUACGACAAGCAGAGGCCGGAGCCACUGUCAUGAUUACAGAAGCAAGAACAGCACGACACUUACAAUAUGAAGAUUCCACUGCUGGUUGGCCGUUGACAGAUGAGGGUGAGCGUGUUGGUGCUGGGUCUGAUAGUGAGUUCUGGGGGCCUUUGAGGAAUAGAACGAUCCGAGAUAGUUUUGAAGGCAUUUCUUGUCUUUCGAAACUUCUUGAAGACUUCUACGAAUCAAAGGGGGAAGAGUGUAGUAUGAUUGAAGCAGCUAUACAAACUAGCCGCAAGGCAUUUGUCAAUGGUUGUGUGAUUGACUCUGCACUCAACCAAAAUUGUGUAAGGGAGGCACAUAACAUCAGAUUACAGAUUCAGGUUGAUGAAAACCGCAACAUAAAUUCUGCAUACUCCCCGGUUUACAAGGAUUUCUUCGGAAAAGUUGUUGUCUUCUUUGAGCACAAGCUCAACAACAAGAGAUGGCCGCUUGCUCUUGUAGAGAUUGCGGCAGUCCGUUUGGUAAAUGGUAUACCAGUUGUUAACAAUGGGCAAAUGAAGCCAAAGGUAGUUCACCUGGCAGAUGUCAAAGAAUUGGUUGGUUUGGUGAAGUCGGACGCGACUAUAAAUACAACAACAACAACAACAACAACAACAACAACAACAUACAUAGUGUGGUCAGAGCUUAACCGCGGCCCAAAAUUGUCACUUGGUUCUCUUGCAGACCUAUAA